AUGUCCAGAUACGCCCUGAACCGACGAGUCCACGACGUCAAGACAUACCCCGUCCUCUCCCCUCAAGGAUCCACGAUCCUUCUCUACGGACACGAGAAUGGUGUCACAGUAUUCUGGCGUGGUGGGCGCCGACUGAAGCCUGCCAAUCCUCAGUCUGGGAAGCCGGCUGGGGGUAACAAAACAAAUGGAGCUGGUGCAAACGCCGACGAUGGCGUCAUGAUCAUCGACUCAGACGACGACGAUACCUCUCCCUCUGCAACAGCACCCUUCGUUGACAAGCCAGAGUUCGAGAAUGAGAACGUGGAAGAUACUACCGGAUACCCAGAGGUCAUCCAGACCUUGGAUCUCGCGAUCGGCACAGACAUCCUUCACAUUGCUGUUCCGCCUAUCGCGCCUCGCGCCGCCGGAGAUCAGCCGAGCGAAGCUGACAUACUCGCGGAGACGAUGGUCUUUGCUGUUAUAUCUGCGAAGGGCUCAGCUUUCAUGAUCACUCUACCAUUGACGCCGCCCUCUCACGACAGUGUGGCAAGGGAGGACUUGCGAUCCAGUCUUUUGGCUGGCGCCGUGGGUCAGGGCAAAUGGGGCGAGACUCUAGUCUCGCUUGGUGGCCAAAGCAAAUGCCCGGAUGGUAUCGCCAUGUCCUUGCUUCCUCGACGAAUAAGCAGUUCUGACCGGAGCAAAUCGCCUGCUCGUCUGAGUGCUUCUGCUCUUCGUGCCAUCAUUGCUGUUCAUGGCAAGGACGCUUCUGGCACGCUGCGACUAUGGGAUGUCCCCAUCAAGACCGCCUCUGACAGCCCUGCCAUUGAACCAUUCCAGACCGAAUACCUGCCAAGUCCGCUCACAAGCAUCGCCUUCAACCCUCUCCACUCAAGCCAACUCCUUGCUGUCGCCUCUCCGCAUGCCGUCCGCGUAUAUGAUUACGCCAUACCUUCAAUCCCUCAAGAUGACAUUUCAGAGGGCCCUUGGCCAUCCCACGGCUCAUGGCUGCUAUCUCUCUACCCGCCAUUCGCUCGUGCGACCACCUCGCCCUGCUCGAGAAAACCCGUCGUCGGAGCUGAAUGGAUAUCGCAUGGGCGGGCUAUCUUGGCUCUCCUUGCAGAUGGACAGUGGGGAAUAUGGGAUGUUGAGGGCGCAGGGCCUCUGGGCAAUGACGCAGGAGGGUCGUUGUUUUCAAAACAAAACACUGGCGUGCGCGGAGCCGCUCUCUCAGCUUUCUCUGCUUCAGGACACCUCGAGGGCACGAGCCCAUUGCGCAACCCAGGUUCACAGAAGACUUCUUUUGGAAGUAACGACUUCAACUCAGUCGGACGACGCGACUCCCUGGUGUCGAUGAUGAAUGGUGGACCAGAACGACUUGCUGCCGUGAAGGGCGGAGUCGAAGUUGUGCAGUUGCCAACCGCCAGAGGGUCAGUAGCCACUGAGGAGAGUGCAGUUCUAUGGAUGGGCGGAUCUGACAACAUUGUCUGUGUCAUUCCCGUUGUCGCCAAAUUCUGGGAUGCUCAAGUUCGUCGCAGCGCAGGUGGCGGCGUCAAUCUCUUCAGUGGAGCGCAGCCCUCGCGCAUGGUCCGCCUGGUGGAACUCAAUGCUGGCCUGUUAGGCGAGCGGUGCUGCGGUGUCGUUGCAACGCCGAAAGCCCAGCGGCGACAGCCUGCCCACAAUCCUGACGAUCCGGAUGUCGCUGCGGAGGAGAGCACAGGUCUGCCAGUUGAGGUGAUUGUGCGCGGCGAGAGCAGACUGGUGGUGGUCCACGACUUCCAAGAUGUGGACACAGCACCACUUCGUUUCCCGGCCAAGAAGCUGAAGCGUCUUGUCCCUGCAAAUGAAGGAGCGGACUCGGUCAAUGCCAUUAUUGUGCAUCAAAAUCCUGGCCGGACAGCGAUUCGCGCACAGAAAUUCGAUCUAAGCAUACGUAGCGGCCGUGAUGGUCCUCGACCCCCUUCAGCCGGCGUAUUCGGCCGAAGCUUCAACCAAUCUCAGGACAAUUUCGAGGCAGAACCCCUCGAGUACCAGCCCGAGCUUGCAGCAACACCGUCUCGAUCACGUAACAUGGGUCUCGAAUUCAUGGAUGACCUGGAUGCUGCGGCUGACGCGGGCUACGAGCUGGACGCUGAAGAGCGAGAUGUUGAGCAAGAAGUUAUGGACCUCAUGGAAUUGGACCAACAAUUAGAGCAGAUGGAGGAUGAGCGGCUUCGCGGGACGAAGCGGAAGACGACGCAGCACCACCACGAGCAGCAGACAGCACCAAAGAGGACACAAGAUGGUCCGCUCAAAAGGGCCAGAACUCGGAUGCGAGACAGGCACGUACACUUUUCUACAGCGUCCACUGCAUCAGACCUUGGCAUAAGGUCUCCCAGCCUAGGGACGCCAGCUGUCGCCGAGAAGGUGUUUUUCGAGGGAUACAGUGAUUCGCCUGAAUUUUCGCGCGUCAAAAACCCGGUGGUACACCGGCCAGAACUCGAUGACGAAGAUGAUAGUGACUAUAUUGACCCAUCGUCAAAACUCGCCAACUAUCAAAGCCCUAUGGAUCGUCCAAAGUGGAAUCUGAUGGACCCUCACAACUGGGAUCCCACGGAUCUCAGGCGCCUUGCAGCUUUUGGGGCCCACAAGCAGGCAAAUGCCAAUGCAGCUAUCAUGAACGACGAGAAGCCUCGAGCAGCAACGUCUGCUCCUAGCCUUGACCAGAGUUUCGCAGACGUUGAGGAGGAACUUAUGGAUGAAGAUGAUGAGGAGCCAGAGGACGACACGUUUGAGUUUUUGCGGAAGUCAGAUAAGUAG